AUCUAUCAAUGGCGUACGCUGGGCAGUUAAAUAUUAUAUGUUCUGCAGUCUGAUCUGCUUCUGUAUUGCAGAAAUUGCAUGUUGCAGAUGUUACUAUUCUCAUCCUGGAAAGAUGAGCGUUCAGUCGAUAGUGGCCAAAUCUAAGUCUGCACAUUAUUGUAUAAUAUUUUCUGUUAUGAUAUCUCUCGUUGCGAGAAAACCAAGGAAUACUUAAUUCUGAAUUAAUUGAUGCAUACCAACGACCUUUUCCUGCCUCUAAAACAACAUUCCAUUGCAUUUUCCAUUCUUCUUUUAACUGUUUCUUUAAAAUUGAAUAUAAAUCUGUAUGUGGUAUUGCAACAUCGGUUAUCCUUUCAAUAUCAGCUGUAACUAACUAACUAUACUUUUAGCUAAAUGGUCUGCUCUUUCAUUUCCUUGAACCCCAAUAUGUGACGGAGUCCAUAAAAAUUUUACUUCCAAAUUAUUUUCUUUCAAUUUCCACCACAAACUUUUGAUUUCAUAUAUGAUGAAAGAUGUUUUAGCAUCUAAAGCUCUUGCCUUCAGUGCCUUCAAGACACUUAUGCUAUCAGAGAUCAGUAACCAUUUAUUAGAUAUAUGUGGGUGUUCUUCUAUAUAUUUAAGAGCAAUUAAGACAGCAUAACAUUCUGCAGUGUAUAUGCUUGCUGAUGCGGGAAUGGAAAGGCCACAUCCAGUUUUCAGAUGAGAUAUUUAAACCUAAGUAAUAUAGGAGGAGUAAGACAUUCAGCCUGUAAAGAAACAAUAGGAGUUGUUCUCAUAGAGCCGGAAUGGCCAAAGACCUCAACUCUGCGGCAAGUACAUGAAGAUUGACGUUAUUAAAUGCACCAACAAUGUCAAAGAAUAUACUAAUUAAUAUUUCAUUAUUUUUCAUAGCUUUAAAAAUGUCUAAAUGUAGAAAUGCAAUACUUUCUCUAGAUGACUUACGGCGUCUGAAUCCAAACUGAUUUGAUGGAAAAUGAUAGCUGCCUAGAGAAUCAUCAUCACAUACUUGCCACUCACAAGACAGAGCCAGUGAAGAUGAAACAAGUGUCAAGUCUAAUGCAUUCUGCCUCCAUCUAUGAGAUCCUACUCUAGUCAUCUGACCAUCAUUCAAAAUUACAAGAUUGUUGUCAUCUAUACUUGCAAGAAUGUCCCUACCUCGUGAAUCUAAUUUAGUACAUCCCCAUAACGUAUGAUGGGCGUUGAAAUCACCAGCUAUAAAGACUGGCUGUGGCAAACUUUGGAUUAAAUUAUCUAAUUUGGAUUUAUUAUAAUUAAUUGGAAGUGGACCUGGUCGAGCCCCGACGGUUCGACAAAAAAUGAGAUUGACUUCAUUAUGACGACCAGACGACAACUGUUCAGUGAUGUCUCCGUGAUCGCAAGGGUGAAAACUGGUAGCGAUCACCGAAUGGUUAGAGGCACACUGAACCUAAACGUUAAGUUGGAGAGGUCUAGUCUAAUGAAGUCAACGCUCCGUCCCCCUCGUGCUCUAAUCCAAAGUCUCGAAACCUUUCAGCUCGAGUUACAAAACCGUUUUCAGUGCCUAGAAGACUGCAAUGAAGUGGACGAUAUGAAUGACAAGCUCGUGGAAACUGUCCAUGCGGUCGGAGCUAAGUUCUGCAAGACCCGCCGCAGAAGAACACAAAAACUCUCCGAUCACACUCUUAAUCUCAUGGCUGUUAGACGGGAGAUGAAGCUACAUUCUUCAACAGACUUGACAGCAUACAGGCAUCUGAACAGACAGAUCUCAAAAUGCAUGCGGCGGAACUUACGCAACUUCAAUACAGCUCGUAUUGAAGAAGCGAUCGAGCGGAACCAAGGCUCCAAAGUCUUUGCCAGAGAUCUGUAUGCCAGAAAGAGCCAACUGUCAAAGCUGAAGACAGAAUGUGGCAGCAUCGUUUCCGGGACACCUGAGAUUUUGAGUGAGAUUGAGAGGUUCUAUGGGCAGCUGUACACGUCAUCAUUGGAGCCACACGCAAGUGUGAGUAACGAUCCAAGAGCGAGUCUCAUCCGACACUAUUCCGAAGAUAUCCCGGACGUCAGUCUGAGCGAGAUUAGAAUGGCUCUCCAGCACCUUAAAAACGGUAAGGCCCCAGGCGAGGAUGGAAUUACAGCGGAGCUUCUGAAAGCGGGUGGAAGACCGGUACUUGAAGUCCUUCAGAAGCUCUUUAAUUCCGUCCUCCAUGGUGGCAUUACACCGGAGGCGUGGAGCAGAAGUGCGGUGGUCUUGUUCUUCAAGAAAGGUGACAACGCUCUCUUGAAGAACUACAGACCGAUUUCCCUUCUGAGCCGCGUCUACGUGCUGUUUUCGAGAGUCAUUACGAAUCGUCUCGCGCGCAGACUUGACGACUUCCAGCCUCCCGAACAAGCCGGUUUCCGAAAGGGCUUUAGCACCAUAGAUCACAUACAUACCCUUCGGCAAGUUGUACAGAAGUCCGAAGAGUACAAUUUGCCACUAUGUCUGGCGUAUGUGGACUAUGAGAAAGCCUUUGAUUCCGUCGAAAUUUGGGCGGUGCUGCAGUCCCUUCAGCGGUGCCAAGUUGACUGUCGGUAUAUCGAAGUGUUGAAGUGCUUGUACAGUAGGGCUACGAUGGCUAUCCGAGUACAGAACCAGAGUAUGAAACCUAUCCAAUUGCAGAGAGGUGUAAGACAGGGUGACGUCAUAUCCCCGAAACUCUUCACCGCUGCAUUGGAAGACGUUUUCAAGCUUCUGGACUGGAGAGGGUACGGUAUCAACAUCAAUGGCGAGUACAUCACUCACCUUCGAUUUGCCGACGAUAUAGUCCUUAUGGCAGAAUCGCUGGAGGGCCUAAGCACUAUGCUCAAUGACCUCAAUAGUGUUUCCCAACGGAUAGGUCUUAAGAUGAACAUGGACAAAAGAAAGAUUAUGUUUAAUGUCCAUGUCACACCUAUGCCGGUAGUUGUUGGGAGCACUAAGCUCGAAGUUGUUGACGAGUAUGUUUACCUGGGACAAAUAGUCCGACUAGGUAAGUCCAACUUCGACCGAGAGGUCAAUCGACGGAUUCAACUCGGCUGGGCAGCGUUCGGGAAGCUACGACACAUCUUCUCGUCAGACAUACCUCAAAACCUUAAAACGAAAUUGUACAACCAGUGCGUGUUGCCAGUGAUGACUUACGGAACUGAGACGUGGUCCUUCACUGCUGGCCGUAUGAGGAAGCUCAAGGUUGCUCAGCGAGCUAUGGAGAGGGCUAUGCUCGGAGUUUCUCUGCGUGAUAAACUUAGGAAUGAGGAUAUCCGCAGUAGAACCAGAAUAACCGACAUAGCCCAACGAAUUAGUAAGCUGAAGUGGCAGUGGGCCGGCCAUAUAGCUCGAAGAACCGACAACCGAUGGGGAAGAAAGGUUCUCGAGUGGCAGCCUCGUACCGGUAGGCGAAGUGUAGGGCGUCCCCCCACGAGAUGGAGUGACGACCUGGUAAGACAUGCAGGAAGUCGAUGGAUGCAGGUGGCUCAGGACCGUGCUUUGUGGCAUUCUUUGGGGGAGGCCUAUGUUCAGCAGUGGACUUGUCAUUAUCAUUUGAGAAUGAUGAUAAUUAAUUGAUGAAUUAGGGGGACAGUAAACACUAACUAAAGUUAAUAAUUUAUCAUUGUAUUGUAUUUGUACAGCUAUAUUUUGUAAUGAGUCAUCAGAGAAUGUAUUGAUAACACUAAAUCCAAUUUUGUUAUGUAGAAGUAUUGCUACUCCAUUAUGAUCAUUACCUGAAUCUAAUCGUAUAAUAUUAUAUCCUUUUACUCUAAAAUUGUGCCUAGGUUUAAGCCAAGUUUCACAUAUGAGAGCAACAUCUAUGGUGUUCUCAUAUAAAAAUUGUGUAAAUUGAAAGCGAUUUUUAAUUAAACUCUGUGCAUUCCAUUGUAAAAUGUUAAACUGAUCCAUAAAAUAUUAAAUGUUAAAUAAUGAAAUAUC